CAUAUUUAUUGUGUCGUGUUGUCUGAGCUGAAAGCUAAAAUAAUAAAAAGUUCAGUUUGAAAUCUUUCAGAUUUUUUGUUGAUUUCUGUUUAAUGAGCAGCAGCAUGUCUGCAGUGACUCAAACACAGGUGGAUGAAUGGAGGAAUCAUUUGGACAGUUUUAGGCAGAAAAGGAGCAAAAAUAAAGUAAAGCAGGACUCCGCCCUCUUUCAGGUGCGUUGCUUUCUGCAGAAACGACGAGCAGCGAAGGCCCCGCCCAUCACACCUUUCUGGAUUGGUCAGAUCGGUUUGACAGACAGCCGGAGGGUGGAGCUAAAGAGACAGGUGGAGGAGUACAUCGCUCUGCAUCCUUCGACCCGUGUGUCUCUUCAGGAGUGUGAGCGUCUCCAUGAGGAGGUUCAGCUGCUGCUGUCGGAGCUGCAGAGAGGAGAUCAUCAGAGGAGGGAGGAGGAGAGGAUGGAGGCUCUGCUGGCUCACACACACACUCAGCUGGAGCUGCUCAGAGAUGCCCCGCCCCUCUCCGUUGUCACGGCGACAGACGCAGAGUCCUUCCUGAGCCCCUCAGGUCCGAUCGCCUCACGUGCCCGCGAUGCCCACAACGCCGUGCUGCAGGCGAGCCGGCUGCCCUGGUGGAGGACGCUGGGAGAGACGGCCUGCGUUGGCGAGUUUAGCCCCACCCAUCUGCAGGAGCUGGAGGCGGAGCUUGGAGGACUGUUUGUAGGCGGGGUCAGCAGAAUGAACCUUUAACAUGAAGAGCGUGUUGAACGUCUCUGUAAAAGGUUUUUUCAACAUUAAAUUUCAGAUUUCAACUUUUCA